CCAACGGCAGCAGCAGGCCUCACACUUCUCUCUGCUCCUACACAACUUUAUUUAAUCCCUCUCCGGUCCUGGUACCGGUCAGCUCCCCUUCUGGUCCCGGUAACCCCCCCCCCAUCUCUCUCUCCCGGUACCGUUACCCCCCCCCAGUGGUCGCCAUGGAGAGUCUGGAGAAACAGCUGAUCUGCCCGAUCUGUCUGGAGAUGUUCACCAAGCCGGUGGUGAUCCUGCCCUGCCAACACAACCUGUGCAGGAAGUGUGCCAACGACGUGUUCCAGGCUUCCAAUCCCUACCUGACAACGAGGAGCGGCUCAACGGUGUCGUCCGGCGGGCGGUUCCGCUGCCCGUCCUGCAGACAUGAGGUGGUUCUGGACCGACAUGGAGUCUACGGGCUCCAGAGGAACCUGCUGGUAGAGAACAUCAUCGACAUGUACAAGCAGGGGAGCACCAGCAGCAGGCCGGUCCCGGAGCAGAAGGAGGAGCAGCCCAUGUGUGAGACUCAUGAAGACGAGAAGAUCAACAUCUACUGCGUCUCCUGCAGCGUUCCCACCUGCUCCAUGUGCAAGGUGUUCGGCCCGCACAAGGACUGCCAGGUUGCUCCGCUGGACGCUGUCUUCCAGAAGCAAAAGGCAGAGCUCACUGACUGUAUCUCCAUGCUGGUGGGGAACAAUGAGCGGACGCAGGCCAUCAUCAGUCAGCUGGAGGAAACCUGCAGGACCGUCGACGAGAACGGGCGGCAUCAGAAGUCCCAGGUGUGUGAGGCGUGUGAUCACCUGUUCGCUCUACUGGAGGAGAGGAAGGCGGAGCUGACGCUGAGGAUCAGCUGUGAGCAGGAGGAGAAGCUGCACUACGUGCGCAGCCUCAGCAGGAAAUACAGCCAACACCUGGAGAACACGGCCAAGCUGCUGGAAACCAGCAUCCAGACACUGGACACCGCCGAGAUGGCCCUGUUCCUGCAGACGGCCAAACCUGUGUUGCAGAAGAUCGUGGAGGGUAUGAACACCGCUCACCUGGAUAAGGUCCAGCCCGGGUACGAGAACAUGGAUCACCUGACGGGGAGCUUUGAGCGUCAGAGGCGAGCGCUGAUGAGCAUCGACUUCAUCAAACUUGAUGAAGAUGAUGAUGAUGAAGAACAAGUAGCAGAGGAGGUCAGAGGGACAGCCUCAGCCAAUCAGCAGCCUCCUCAAAAGUCUUCAUCCAAUCAGCUGCCUCCUCUGAUGACCUCAGCCAAUCAGCUGCCUCCUCCUAAGACCUCAUCCAAUCACAAGCCUCCUCUGAUGACCUCAGCCAAUCAGCAGCCUCUUCUGACGGCCUUAGCCAAUCAGCUUCCUUCUCUGUCUCCUGCUCAGUCUGCAGGUGUUCAGCUAUUAGCUACGCCUCCUCAGAGACCUUCAGAGGCUCCGCUCACCAUGACCUCAUCGCCGAAAGGCCCCGCCCCCUCGUCGUCCACACAUGUCCCGCCUACGACUAACCCCACCCCCCAGACCGGUCAGCAGGACGAGUCGGAGGACGGACCGAAACACGUGUUCUCCUUCAGCUGGCUCAACCAGAAGUGAAGCUGUGUCUCUCCUGUGUUUCAGCUCACAGCAUCAGCUGAAAUGUUUCCUGAAGACAUUGAUAUGGAAUGUGUGAACACCACCUCGUGUUUGUUUCUCACUUAAAAAAUGUUCUGAUGAUUAAAUGUUUUAUUGUC